GUGUUGAUCCUCGGGUAAAAACGUGCUUAAGAUCUCAUGCCGCCCUCACUGCCUAUGUUGUAAUCUUACUAAAGCUACCAUCCAUCAGAACAUACAUUAGGCUGCCGUUCACCGGCCUAUUAUAAAAGAAAUAGAGAACUAUAGCUACUUUCGCCGGGUAAUACUCACCUAACGCGAUGCAUGGCCUUCGUCGUGCUAUCAUUUGUGUCGUCGUUGCAGAAGUUGCAGGAGUUGCAGGAGUUACAGGAGUUACAGGAGUCGCAGGGCAAAGACAUCUGGAAUCCAAGCAACAAGUCAUGGAAGAUGACGAACAAUCAGCCCUUGUUCAACCAGUGUAUACUAUUUUCCCUCUUGGUUCUAUCAAUCCAUUAGGGUGGCUGAAAGACCAGUUAGAGUUGGAAGCCAAUGGACUUGCAGGCAAUAUGUUUGAGUUUUAUCGUUUCGUCAACGAUUCAAAGUGGAUAGGUGGAACGACAGAGUACUCUAUCCUAGAUGAAGCAUCCCCUUACUGGUUCAAUGGUCUGGUACCUCUCGCCUUUGGGCUUAACAGCACUAGAAUCCAAGGCCAGGUCCGAUACUAUCUAGACUACGUACUUGACCAUCAACAAAGCGACGGUUGGCUUGGGUUCGAGACGACCCGUGAGACACGUGGCUUAUGGGCACGCUGUCUGCUUUUGUUAGGUUUGAUGCAAUAUGCCGAGGCCGAUCCUACUCAAACCGAGAGGAUCGUGGAUUCCAUUCAUCGAUACGUGGAACUGGCGCAUAGCAUGUUAAAAGAUAAUUACACGGGUCUACUCGUACAUGGAGACGACGUUUUUGACACUGCUGGGUUUGGCGUCGGCCGCACGCAUGAGUAUCACAUACCUCUGCAAUGGCUUUAUGAAAAAUACCCUCGGAAUAACUCGCAAGUCAUAUGGGAGACUAUGGAGCUCAUGAUCAAUGGUGGUGUUUUGUGGGGUGCAGAUUGGAGAACUUUCUUCGUGGACGGCGUGUAUCCGACUGUUUACUAUGACGGUGUUACUCCUUGGAAUCUAAGCUGGGUGUUCCUACACGGGGUGAACCAUGCCGAAGGCCUCCGAUAUCCUCUCGCCAUUUAUCGCAUGACUCACGAUGAGAAGCUCAAGGAACAAACCCGAUUCGCGACGGACCUCAUCUCAAAAUAUCACAAGUCACUCUCUGGAUCAAUAAUCGCGGACGAAUACAUCUCGGAUCUCAACCCAAACCGCGGCGCCGAACUUUGUAUCGCAGCGGAGCUGAUCUUCUCUUUGACCUGGAUUUACCAAUAUCUUGCGGAUAACGAUCUUGCGGACUGGGUAGAACAGGUUGCGUUCAAUGCUCUGCCAGCCUCUCUUUCUCCCGACUGGUAUAGCCACCAAUACGUCCAACAAGAGAACCAGCCUUGGUCCCGCAAUCUCACUGAAGGAUCGGCGAUGUGGACUGAUGUGAAUUCGUAUUCAAACGUGUUCGGAUUAGAACCUAAUUACCCGUGCUGCACGGUGAACCACCCCCAGGGGUAUCCAAAAUUCUUGGCCAACUCUUUCGUUGGAACUGAGGACGGUGGCAUUGCUCAUGUGUACUUGUCUCCGGGAACAUUGUCGACGACGUUGAAAAAUGAUAAUCCUGUUACCAUCACUGCCACUGGCAUAUAUCCUUUUGGGUUGAACUUGAAAUACCAUGUUGCCUCUACGAAAGCAUUUUCGUUCUACGUUCGUAUUCCGACUUGGGCAGGCAAUGCGAGCAGUGUCACCGGACCAGAGGAACAGCCCCGCAAACUCAUAGCCCCUACUGACAAGGGACUGCAGAAAGUCGAUGUGCCUGCAGGCGAGAGCACUUUCACUGUUGAUUUGAAUACUCAGCCACGUGUAGAACCGAGAGCAAACAACACAGUCGGUCUGUACUAUGGCGCCCUGCUGUACAGCUUGGCAAUUGAUUACAAUGACACAGUGGUGGCGGCCCGCCAAUACAAUACCGAAGCUAUUCUUCCGGCCAACACAACCGACGAACACUCGCAUGACCAUAUAAUGGUACCGACGAGUUUAUGGAACAUAGCCAUCGACCCUGACCAGAUCAAGGUUGUACAGCAAAAUGUAAUUUCGGUCGCCAAUCCCGUCUGGACUUUAGGCGGUCCACCAGUAGAGUUGCGCGUGGCGGCUGUUCAGAUUGAGUGGCCCCUCUUAUAUGACACACCCGAUAUUCCUCCCGUCAAUCCCGUGGUCAAAGGAGAGCCCUUCAGUGCACGAUUUGUUCCUUAUGCCAGUGCGAAAUUGCACAUGGCACACCUUCCUGUUGUUUCCCUACCUUUCGUAAACCUGGAGGUUACGAUAUAACGGUUGCUUCUAUUUCAUGGAAAUUAUCGACAUAAGAGAGCUAAGAGUUUGUCAGUGCGCUGCACGGAUUCGUAGCGGGUGCUAGCUGGGACAGGCAAUCUUCUAGAAAUGACACAACUUCAUGUCGGCGUCGGUCACAAAGUAUUAUCAAGAAUCCUGGUGUCAUAUGAUGUAAGAUGUACCGUUACUAUUUUGCCUUGGUCUGACUCAAUCUUUGUCACGGUAUCACGAAUCAUUGCCCCCGUCUUGCUUUCUAAGCGCGAGUGUCGCUGAUUGUUGCUACCAUGAUCAAGUGUAAGACGCAAAUUGAACCAUAAAAUCUCGCGGCAGCCGAGGGAUUAGAGAGACUUCAGCUCCCCAGUAUGGUAAUCUUGGCCGUUUUAUGCUAGUUAGUGGCCUGAGUCUUCAGUCCUCGGUCAUCGCUCCUCAAGGCUCCCGUG